AACCGGAAGUAGCCUGUCGCUCCUUUACUUCGCUUCCCAUCUCUAUGGUUCUUCCGCCUUGGUGGAUUCUUUUUCUCCCAUCGUGCUUUGCGCUUCCUUUUCGGUCUGGCCCUGGGAAGGGAGGAUGGCGCCCGCAAAGAAAGGUGGCGAAAAAAAGAAAGGACGGUCAGCUAUCAAUGAGGUGGUUACACGGGAAUAUACUAUAAACAUUCACAAACGGAUCCAUGGCGUGGGCUUCAAAAAGCGGGCUCCCCGUGCUCUCAAGGAGAUCCGUAAAUUUGCAAUGAAGGAGAUGGGGACUCCUGAUGUACGCAUUGACACUCGUUUGAACAAAGCUGUCUGGGCAAAAGGAGUAAGGAAUGUUCCUUAUCGUAUCCGCGUGCGUUUAUCUCGAAAACGCAAUGAAGAUGAAGAUUCACCCAACAAACUGUACACAUUGGUUACUUAUGUGCCAGUUACCACUUUCAAAAGUCUACAGACUGUCAAUGUGGAUGAAAACUAAAUUUUUAUUACAAUAAAAAUUAUAAAAGUGAUACUAA